AGUUAAGACAAUGGAUCCAGCAAAAGAAGUGGCACUCGUCCUUCUACCUGUGACAAUUUUCGGGUCAAUCUUGAACUGGUCAGUGUUCUACUCUUUUUGUAAGCUGCCUGUCUUUAAAAACGCAUUUGGCAUCCUUUCUGCGAAUCAAGCCUUUGCCGAUGCUCUCCACUCUACCACAUUUUUAUUGUAUUUUUGUCCAAUGGUCUUAUUUGACCAAUCCACAAUGAAGCAAUAUUCUCAUCAUUGUGGUUUCUUCAUCCUCUUCCUAUCCGAGUUUUCAAUCCUCACUCAUUUCAUUAUUUCGAUAAACCGAGCGUUUGCUGUCUGGGCUCCUUACAGAUACGAGACUUUGUUCAGCGUUAGAAAUACUAAAAUUUUAAAAUUUAUUGUAUGGAUUUUUAUUUCAUUUGUUGCAAUUUUGUUUUACGAAAAGUUCUGCUACAUCUAUUAUGACAGUGCAUCCCGUUUUUUUGUAUUCACUGCGACAGAGUUUUGUGGUGUCAUUGCAUGGUAUGGUGACUUUUUGAAGAAUGCAGCUAUUGUAAUUGCAACUGUUUCUUUGGAUAUCAUAACCGUUUUGAGAGUCCGUCAUAUUACUAAAAAGAUAAGUGGAGCAAUGAGUGAAGAAGCCCAGAAUAACAUUUCCGCCCGUGAUAUUCGAUUUUUGAAACAAGCUGUUGCUCAAGCCACUGUGUUUCUCUGUGAACUCACCACUUACUUUUUCUUUCCACUUUAUUUUGAGAAUUACUGGAUAUUGUUCUUUGGUACUUCUUUUGCAUGGGUGGGAAUUCAUGCAGCAGAUGGAAUUAUUGUGGUCGUUUGCCAUCCCGAAGUUCGAAGUUUCCUUUUGGGCAAGAAAGUCAGUCAAGUACAUUCAGUGUCUAUCCGAACAACUACAGCUAAAUAAAUAUUUUCUUCAUGACCCACCUCUUUUCCGCCUAACCUGUGAUUUUUCAAAUAAAUUU